AUGGCGACUGCAGACGAACCACCAUCCACGCCAAUCGUUCCCCCUGCAGCGAAGGUUGCCAGCAUCAAGCCUCCAAGGACGUGGCGCCCUAGGCAAGACAGUUAUCCCCGCGGAAUGACGGCCGUUUCGUUCGAGCCAAAGGCCGCGGCCCCGGAGCAAACGGAUGAAGGCAUCAUCGAUGUCUACCACGGAAGGGACCCCCUUUUUCGGCCAACGGACCACUCGGCCAUCGACCUAUACGGCAUGACCCCUGAAAACCGUGAAAUCGUGGAAUUGGCUCUCAGAAACGCCAAGGCAGAAAGGCUCAUCAUUACCAACGAAUCUGACUCGGCCAUUAAGGCCGUAUACCAGGCAAACCGAGAGGCCAGGGAUAGAGGGAAAAUUGGAGGCCAAGGCCCCUUUUAG